AUGACCUUCUCCCAGCCGCUGCUGCUCCGGGCACUGCUCGCCCUUGUGGGGUCCCUCUGCCUGGGACUGCAGGCUCUCUCAGGGGCGGUGGCGCAGGAGCCGUACUGGGCCGACCUGCAGCCCAGGUCAGCACUGGUGGAACGAGGGGGCUCCCUGUGGCUGAACUGCAGCACCAACUGUCCACGACCUGAACGAGGCGGGCUGGAGACCUCGCUUCGGAGGAACGGAACGCAGAGGGGGCUGCGCUGGCUCGCCCGCCAGCUGGUGGACAUCCGUGAGCCUGAAGCCCAUCCUAUCUGCUUCUUCCGCUGUGCCCGCCGGACCCUUCAGGCCCGUGGGACGAUCCUCACCUACCAACGACCAGAUCGAGUGGAAUUGGAGCCACUACCUACCUGGUUGCCUGUGGGCGAAAACUUUACCCUUAGCUGCAGAGUCCCUGGAGCAGGACCCCGGGGGAGCCUUUCUAUCACUCUGCUUCGCGGCGCCCAAGAACUGAGCCGGCGCAGGUUUCCGGGGGAAUCGCCAAGGGCAAGGGGCGCUAUGGCCACGUUCACGGCCACUGCCCGAAGGGAAGACCACAGAGUCAACUUCUCUUGCCUUGCGGAGCUGGACCUUAGGCCCCACGGACUGGGACUACUUCAGAACAGCUCCGCCCCACAGGAGCUCCACAUUUUUGCCUUGGCUCCAGAGCCCCCCAGCCUAGCAUUCCCCAGGCUCCUGGAAGUUGGCACAGAGCAGCUGGUGAGCUGUGAGAUGGACAAGCUGUUCCCAGCUCAGGAAGCCCACAUACAUCUGGCCCUAGGGAGCCAGAUGCUGAGCCCCAGGGUCAUCCUGGAUGGGGACAAGCUGAAGGCUACAGCUACCAUCACUGUGAAAGAGGAAGAGGUUGAAGGCGAGGACGAGCAGGAACUAACUUGCACUGUGACCCUAGGGGGACAGAAUCGAAAGGCCCAAGGAAACUUGACAGUUUAUAGCUUUCCUCAGCCCAACCUAACAGUCAGUGAACCCAGCGUCAGGGAGGGGACCUUUGUGAAUGUGACCUGUGAGGCCCGUCCAGGUGCCCAGGUGUUGCUGGAUGGGGCUCCUGAGCCUUCUCCUGGGGAGCCAGCCUGGCUCACUCUGACUGCUAGUGAAGAGGAUGAUGAGCGUGUGUUCAUCUGUGAAGCUCUCCUGGAGGUGAAGGGAGAGAUACUUCGGAGGAACCGGAGCCUGGAGCUGCAAGUUCUCUAUCAGCCAAGACUGGAUGAGGCAGGCUGUCCUGGCAACUGGACAUGGUUGGAGGGGAUGGAAUCUACCCUGCAGUGCUGGGCUCCAGGGAAUCCACCCCCAGUUGUGGAGUGUGUCCGGCCAGAGGGAGGGCCAGCCAUCCCACUGGGCCUUCCCCUGCCCAUCAGCCGGGAUCAUGCAGGCACCUACCAAUGCACAGCUUCCAACACAGUGGGCCAAACAACAAAGGAUGUGACGGUGAUGGUGGAGUAUGGGCCAGUCCUGGAUCAAUUAGGUUGUCCUGAGAGACGUACAUGGCUUGAGGGUACAGAGGAGGUGCUGACCUGUCAGGCUCUUGGGGUCCCACCACCCAUUGUGAGCUGCAUCCCCAUUGGGGCCUGGGCCCAGCUUCCUGUGGGGCAACUUCGAGUGACCCGAGAGCAUGCAGGCACUUAUCAUUGUGUGGCUACAAACCCGAGGGGCUCAGCCUCCACAAAUGUGUCCAUCACUGUUGAGUAUGGACCAAGUUUUGGGGAGGUAGACUGCCCUGGUGCUUGGACUUGGGUCAAGGGCUCUGACCACCAGUUCUCCUGUGAGGCUGAUGGGAACCCAGAGCCGGUGGUGCUGUGUUCGAGGGCAGGCAACUCCAGCCACGGGGAGCUGCUUUUUCCUCACCUGGGCUCUCCCUCGGGGCAGGACCCUGCUCCUGGCCUUUACUACUGCAAUGCCACCAACAUGCAUGGUUCAGCCAGCAAAAGGGUCACCGUCAGUGCCGAAUCCCCACCACAAAUGGAUGAGGCCAGCUGCCCAAGCCACCAAACAUGGCUGGAGGGGGCACGGGCGCCGGUACUGACCUGCAGAGCUCAGGGCAACCCCACUCCGAGAGUCCACUGCUCCCGGGACGGGCCGGAGCGGCCGGAGAAGCCCAGUGUUUCCAGGGCAGAUGCUGGGACCUUCCACUGUGUAGCCACCAACAGCCACGGCUCAGACACCAGGAUAGUCACCAUUGGGGUAGAGUACAGGCCCCUGGUGGCAGAGCUGGUGGCCAUGCCCCCAGGCAGCGUGAAGCCUGGGGGGAACUUUACGUUGACCUGCAGAGCCGAAGGAUCCCCCCCAGCCCAGUACAGCUGGCGCACCCCCCCAGGAGCCCCCAACAUUGGUCUCUCGGGCAACAACAGCACCCUGAGUGUAGCCGGUGCCCUGGGCAGCCACGGGGGUGUGUAUGAGUGUGCCGCCACCAACACCCACGGCAGCCAUGCCCUUCGGAUCACCGUGCACGUGACUGGGCCCUGGCUGUGGAUUGUCGUGGGCGGGGUGGCCGGAGGGGCCUUGCUGCUGGCCAGCCUGGGUGGCCUCACCUAUUACCUCCAGUCCACAGCCUGUAAGAAAGGAGAGUACAACGUGCAGGAGGCUGAGAGUUCUGGGGAAGCUGUGUGCCUGAACGGGAGCGGGGCUGGGCCUGGGGCCGGGGGUGGCACAGGGGCUGAGGCUGGGGCCGAAGGAGGAGGGGCAGAGGUGUACUCCAUCCAACUGACCUCCACGUGAGUCCCCCUUCCCGGAGCAGGACUCCCCACGCCCCCGUGCCCCGCUGGGUAGGCAGCCCCUCCCCAGCAUGUAUUUAUUAAUUGAUGUAUUUAUCUAUGGAGCCUGAGUGCCAAGGCAGCUGUGAUCCAGGAUCCCUCGGAGCCCCUCACCCCCGGCCCCCGAG